AUGGUUUUGACGAAAGGGGCUGGAUCUUCAGCCCCGACCGUGUCGAGGCGCGGCAAAGGACACAAGAAGAACGACAGUGCCGAAAACGCAAAGACCACGCCCGCGACGUCCCAAUCCUCAAAGUCGAGAGUUGAGCCCCACCCGCACACCCAUGUCAAUGGAGACUCCAAGAACCCUCCUGCUGGAGGGACGCCUCCUCGGUCAUCGAAGCGCAAGCAGCCAGACGAUGGAUCCGAGGCAACACAUAGGUUGAAGAAGCCAAAACUCGUACCUCGCGAACAGGAUGGGCAGCUACCGCGCAUUAACCAAGCUCCGACUGAAGUUGUGUCGGUUCUGGUCUUCGGCAACGGCGACGCCGGUGAGCUAGGCCUGGGUCCCGCGAUCCAAGAAGCUGCUCGCCCGCGCCUGAACCCCUUUCUCGAUCCUGACAAUCCCUCUGCCUUCCGUGUCGUCCAACUCGUUUGCGGUGGCAUGCACACAGUUGCUCUUACAGAAGACAACAAGAUUAUCACUUGGGGUGUGAAUGACAAUUGCGCCCUGGGCAGAAGCACGGCCUGGGAAGGGGGUUUACGAGAUGUCGAUGGCGAUUCCGAAGAGGAAGGGGAGCUGAACCCUCUGGAAUCCACACCGACCGCCAUCCCGCCUGACUCGUUCCCGCCUGGGACGAGGUUUGUCCAGGUCGCCGCCGGUGAUAGCUGUAGUUUUGCGCUUACGGAUGCAGGCUAUGUAUAUGGUUGGGGGACGUUUAAGAAUGCCGAAGGGAAGGAAAGAUUUGGCUAUGAUGCCCAAGGGCGUGCCGUCGAGAAGCAAGCCACGCCAAUUCGGAAUCAGGGCCUCAGCAGCAUUACCCAGGUUGCCUGUGGUGCCAACCACGCCUUAGCUCUCGAUGCGCACGGAAUGAUCUGGUCCUGGGGUUGCAGCGAACAAAACCAACUGGGCCGCCACGUCUUCGGUCGACAUGCCACUGGUCCACUGACCCCUAAUCCCAUCCACAUCAGGGAUAUCAAAUACAUCGCCUGCGGAGAGUAUCAUUCCCUUGCAGUCGACAAAAAGGGACACGUUUGGGCUUGGGGCUUGAACAGCUUUGGCGAAGCCGGAUACGCCAAGGCUGCCGGCAGCGACGAUGUCGUCUUGCCGUUCCCCAUGAAGAUAUCCGGUCUUCGCGGUAAGGAGGUGGUAUGCCUCGCCGGCGGGGCCCAUCAUUCGGCGGCGGUCACGGCCGACGGGCAAUGCCUCGUUUGGGGCCGCUUGGACGGCGGGCAGCUCGGCAUAGCCUUCACAGACGAGCAGCUUCAGGAUACCAGCUUGGUCCGCCGCGACGAGCGCAACGCUCCACGUAUCUGCCUCCGUCCCACGCUUGUUCCCGGCCUCGGUCAAGUCAGCCAUGUGGCAUGUGGCACCGACCACACCAUUUUCGUCACAAGAGAAGGGACGGCGUAUGUCACUGGGUUCAACUCAGGGGGCCAGUUGGGCCUCGGUCAUGAAGACGAUGUACAGGUUGCCCAACCCAUUGGAGGUAAAGCCUUGAAAGACAGGACGCUUGUUUGGGCGGGAGCUGGCGGGCAAUUCUCAAUACUUGCAGCUCGCUCCAGGGCAUCUCUCGCCGAACGCAACUGA